UCAAGCAAACUGGAAAGCUGGGUACUCAAGAUCAUCAUUUUUAGCUCAGGUGUCCAUUGUAAAAAUGUGUUAUAGUUCACACUGCGCCUAUACGAUUUUACUUUAUAUUAACGCAUCUGACUUGGACUAAAUUUAUGGUCAAGAUAUUCGAGAGGAACCCAACAAAGAUCAAGAACUAUGGCAUAUGGCUGAGGUACCAGAGCAGGACGGGAUACCACAACAUGUACAAGGAGUACAGAGACACCACUCUUAAUGGGGCCGUGGAGCAGAUGUACAAUGAGAUGGCAUCCCGCCACCGUGUGAGGUUCCACUGCAUCCAGAUCAUCAAGACCGCCACCGUCCCUGCCAAGCUCUGCAAGCGCGAGAGCACCAAGCAGUUCCACGAUUCGAAGAUCAAGUUCCCUCUCGUCUUUAGGAAGGUGCGGCCGCCUACCAGGAAGCUCAAGACAACCUACAAGGCCUCCCGCCCUAAUCUCUUCAUGUAAGGAGAGAGUCUGAGUACUUUGUUUAGUUGCGGAUUUUCUAAAUUUUGUCGUUCUCAGCAUGGCAAUUUGUCAGUUUAUUUGUGUUCUAGUUUGCACUUGGAGUUGUUUAUUUGAGAUGCCGAAGUUGAUACUAGAAUUCAUUUCCGACUGUUGUUUGGUGGGAGGAAUGACUGGUUUU